CCAGGCCGUUCUUUUCCAUCCCAUCGCAUCACAUCUUCCCAUCACCUCCACCACAUCCGCCUCUUUAUAUUCACCUCCACCUCCACCUCCACCUCCCCCAUUCUCCCCCCACCAAAUCGAAGAUGGACAACCCCACGGAACCAGAUCAACCUCCCUUAUUCCGCCCCUCCAAAAAGCGCAAAAUCUACCGCCAGCGCGCUACCUCCCCGCCGACGACGAUUGAAAACCUAGCGACUGAAGAUACGACCACCUCCCUCUCCGCUGCAGUACCGCCACAACCACUCACUAGCGGCGCCGCUGCCGACGAUGAAGACACCGCCCCCUCCACAGCAGCGAUCCGCCGCCUCCUCGCCUCCCGCAGACAGCGGGGCGGGGGCGUCGAGUUCCGCGCCUCUAAUCCCCGCGGCACCGACGACGCCGAAGAUGUGGAUGGUGAGAAUGCCAUAGUCGUAGUGCGGCGAGAAUCGCAUGACGACGGACAUGCCGAGGAAGGCGGGUUAGCGAUGGGAGGGAAGCGCUUCGUGACGCAGACGGGAAUGAGUGCUGAGGGUGUUGAUAGGCAUAUGAUGGCAUAUAUAGAUUCUGAACUCGCGAAACGCCAUCAUCAUCAGCCUACCAGCACAUCAACAUCCACCCACGCCACCACCACCACCGCAGCGGAAGAUAGCGCCGCAGCAGCAUCAUCGCAAUCGCAACGCCAGCGCCAACCUUCUCCACCGUAUCAGACAGCUUCGAGAGGGAAGUUAAUGGAAAUCGAACUCCCCCCCUCCUCUUCCACCACCGCUCCUCCCGUGGCGAAAGCAAUCCGCAAACCCCGACUCGGGCGCGAUGGAAAACCGAUAAGGGGGAAGAAGAGGAGGACUGAAGAGGAUAUUCGGCGCGACGCCCUGGUGGAAGCGGUGAUGCAGGAGAAUAGUCUUGGGAUCUACGAGUCACCCGCUCCUCCUACGACUAGUGGUGCGGGGGGUGAUGGGGAGGGGGAUGAAGAGAUAGCGGAGCGGUUUAGGAGGGAGUUUUUGGAGGGGGUGGAGGAGAGGAGGAGGGGAGGGGGUGGAGGAGGAGGGGGACAGGCGAAGAAGGUGGUUGGGAAGGGGGGGAAGGAGGAGGAGGGGUUGAAGGGGCCGAAGUUGGGGGGGAGUAGGAGUGCGAGGGCGGGGGUGAGGGAGGCGCUUUUGAAGGCUGAGAGGGGGAAGAGGUAG